AGCGUGGCCCAUCACAAGAGCAGGAUGCCGACAGCCAAGGAAAAACAUUUUCCAAGUGAACAUGAAACUUUCUUUUAUUGGGUCGGCGAAGGAAGACCGGGAAACAAUCGGCGGUCGAUACAAACGCAUUACAAUUCUGUGAGUGUGGACGAAUCAGUGUAUAAUAUUGGGGAUGGUGUGUUUAUUUCUAACUCAGACUCCGGAGAAGACUCAGUACACACAGCCUACCUAGGCAAGAUUGUAGAUCUGUAUGAAAGAAAAAAAAACUCAUCUUCAGUAAAAGUCGCAUGUGUGCAGUGGUUUUGGCGUCCCAUUGAAAUCCCCUCACGUUACUUGUCUGCUCAUGUUAAGAAGAAUGGGAAGCCUGACCCACGAGAAGUCUUUAUGAACGUCAGCAAGAUUGAUCCAGAGAUUGAUGUGGAAACCAUUAUGGGACAUUGUGAGAUAAUGGUCACAUCAGAGCUGCCAGAUGUUUGUUCAGAAAUCCUCUCUGUGAAGAAAAAAAAACCUGUAUUCUACUCCAGGUAUGAUUUCGACGGAAAAAAGUUCAGACUGAUGGGGGAAACAGAAAAAUGUCCUACCGAGAAGAGGAUGCGCCGGAGAAGUGUCGCCGGAAGCCUCGGGCCUGAAAAUGGAGAGCAAAAAAAUGUGCCUAAAACUGACCGUCUUGUCACAAGAACUCCCGGUCGCAGAAUGAGAAGCAGGACGACCUCCUUAGCAGAGACAAACGGUCAGGAGGAGGAGUCAGGAGAUGAAGUGGAUGGCCUGUCCAGGUCACCGGUCAUUCCAUUACAGGGAAGCAUCAAUAAGGGGACACCUAAGGAUGACCUGAUGCGGGACAUCACGCUAGCCAAAUUCAGUCCUCACAGCGCUCGAUUGAAAGGCGAUGUUGUUGCAUCACUCUUCAUGUCUAAUGGUGCAGUUGAUCUUGUAUCUGAUGAUGACUCCGUGUCUACUAUGUCAGAAUUCAGCGUCCAAAGUGCGGCUACAAGCUCAGACAGCUCCACAAGAUCGGGUCGUAACAGAAGAAGCAUGCGACGUAAAUUUGAAUCAAAUAAAAAUGAACCAUUAUCUAAGUCAGCAACAAGAGAAACACAGAAAAGUAUCAAAGAAAAUGAACUAUCUUCUAGGUCAGCAACAAGAGAAACACAGAAAGGUAACAAAGAAAAUGAAAUAUCUUCUAGGUCAGCAACAAGGACAACACGGAAAAAACAGAAAGAAAGUGUCACAAAGACUCCGAAACAAAAGUCUUCCAGUUCUAAACUGAUUGGGUCAAGUGACAGGGUGCACAGUGUUAAAAGACAAUCUCGGCAAACAAAUUCAGAGGUCAAGAGUGAAAGUUGUUCGCCGGUGAAGAACAGAAAGAUUUCUGAAUUCAGGGAAGGUCAGGGUUCUAAGACACCGUCACGAACUGGGAGUAGAGCAGAACUGAAUCAAAAUGAGGAAUUGUUAGAUGUGCGUGUUUCUGUUAAGAAAGUGAAAGUUCCCAAAACAGCUGUGAUCGAUAGGAAGGGAAAAGUGGCAGAGGUUGUGUCCUCUAGUCGAACUACAAGAAACAGUCCUGUGGGCCCAGGUGCUCAAACACGUAGAGAUGUCAACAGUCCUAUUGUUAUGACGUUUUCUAAGGAUGGUGUGGAAACAUAUAAAAGUGAUAUUAAGAAAAGGAACAAAUCUCUUCAGACCACCAAGAAAGUAACACCUCUAAAAAUUCUGAAAGAUGAAGACAAUACCAUGUAUGCUGUGAAGAGUAAACCAGGGCUACGAAGAAGCGUUAGAGGGACACCUCGGGUGAACUACCGUGAGAGUGGUGGGAUGGAAUUUGAAAAAGCCUUGGCCUCAGCUGUACAGUCCUCUAGUGACGAAGAGUUGGAUGAAUCUGCUGUGUCAGAGGAUGAGUUGUCUGACCCUGGCUACGAUGAUGAUGCUUUUUCCAAGCCAAAAUCAUCUGCAAGAAAAAGGCAACAGAGUGUUAAAACUCCAAAGAGGAGACCUUCUGCCAAGCAAGGGACGCCUAGUGUGUCCAAGCGCUCUCAACCUCUGACCUCACCGACCAGUGCACUAGAGGAAGCCAGAGCCCAGCAUAUUGAUUAUCAACUGUUAAACUUUGGCCUUGGAAAACUGCAUUGGCUGCGGAGUUUGGCUAAAAUUUUAAACAUGAAAUAUAACUUAAAACCAGGUGCUAAUACAGUCAAACUGCAUGUGGCUGUAGUACCAGACAGUCUGCCGUGUCGUGAGCAAGAAUACUCCGAUAUCUACAACUUCGUGGAGGGAAAAGUCAUGGAUGGUACGGGAGGGUGUAUGUACAUAUCUGGAGUGCCAGGGACAGGUAAAACUGCGACAGUGCGUGAGGUGGUCAGAUCACUGGUAGAGGCCAUGGAAGAUGGCGAGAUCCCGUCUUUCAGGUUUAUAGAGGUGAACGGUAUGAGGCUGACUGACCCCCACCAGGCAUAUGUGCAGAUCUUACAGCAACUAACUAAGCAGAGAGCUACAGCCAGUCAUGCUUCAGAGAUCCUAAACAAGAGGUUCAACUCCAGUGCUCCAAGACGAGAGACAGUUGUGUUAUUAGUGGAUGAGCUGGAUCUACUGUGGACGAGGAAGCAGGAUGUCAUGUAUAACAUUUUUGAUUGGCCGACCAAACCCCAGGCAAAGCUGGUUGUGCUGGCUGUGGCUAACACCAUGGACUUACCGGAGAGGCUCAUGAUGAACAGGGUCUCCAGUCGACUGGGCUUAACUCGGAUGACCUUUCAACCAUACAACUUCAAGCAGCUACAGGAGAUAGUUGUAUCACGCAUGCGAGGAUUGGAAGUGUUUGACGAGGACGCUGUUCAGUUAGCUGCCAGGAAGGUGGCAGCUGUGUCGGGUGAUGCUAGGAGAGCUCUGGACAUCUGUCGUAGAGCCACAGAAAUCACAGAGAUGUCAGGCAAGGGAGACAACCUUGUUGGUAUGGCUCACGUGGAUGCUGCCCUCAAGGAAAUGUUCACGUCCCCUAAAAUUGUUGCCAUGAGGAAUGCAUCAGUUCAAGAGCAGACGUUUCUAAAAGCAAUAGUGUCUGAGUUUGAGCGGACAGGAGUAGAGGAAGCCUUGUUUGCUAAGGUCUUCUCCCAGCAUGUAGCACUGUGUCGUCUGGAAGGCUAUGCAUCACCGUCUGUGUCAGAAGUGUGUGGGCUAUGCACCAAGCUGGGCAGCACUCGACUGUUGUUACUAGAGCAUGGCAGGAAUGACAUCAACAUGAGAAUCCGUCUGAACGUCAGCAGUGAUGAUGUGAUGUUUGCCUUGAGAGAUGCGUCUUAA